AAUUGAAGUCUCAUAAUCCAAAGAAAGCACCUCAACAUAAAACUGCGAACGAUCAGCUCAUUCUCUCGCUCUCUCUCUCUCUCACUCUCUUCCAAUCCGGUCUCAACCGCAACGCACACUACGAUGUGUGAUCCAACAAAACCUUUAUCCCCCAAAGCGGAGUCUCCCGACCCAACCAACCAACCCAAUCUUUUCGUUCAAGCGGCGUAAGUAACGUACGUGGCCAAUCUGCACAAAACCACCAGAACCACCAGUGUUGAGGGCAGGCAAAUUACAGUUUGGUAAAUAUUUACAACUCGUACUUCACAUCGCCCGACGAGGGGUUGAAAUGAAGAAUACAAGAAGCACAUCCGUCUUCGCUGGCGCGCGCUUACAUACGAACAGGCAACCAAAAAAAAAAAAUCCCCAAUCGGACACUGACGUGAAUCCAUUCCUCGGAUCCAACAAGCGCCACCAAAGUGUGUGGCAAAUUUUUCCUUGCCUUUAUUCACGCAUUGAUCGUCGCAGUUGUUGGAGGGUUUUUCGCAAGUUGCUCACCAAUCUUUGUGAGCUUGUAGCGAGGAAAAAGUCAUUCUCUCGCGUGAUCGCGUUUUUCCCGAUUAGAUCUUUGGCACAGAACGCACAGAAAGGGUUCGCGUGGUGCAGUGUUCAGGUAUUCAGCAUCCCGUAUUUCUCUCCACGGAGCACGGAAUGAUCGCUAAUAAAGUGUCACGUGUAUUUGUGUAUGUGUGUGUGCGUGUAAAGAGUGGAUCAUUGUUUUACCAGCAUAUGAUCGUGAACGCGGAUCACUCUUGCGAUGGAUUAGCGCUUGACAAGUACACCUUCAACCUUAACGGAGUGGUGCCACAAACGUUCAAGUGGAUGGUUUUGGUUUCUUGUGUGGAAUAAUUUGUGUGUGCUAAAACGGUGCGAAAGUUUCAUCCAGUGCGUGUUGUCGUUUGCAAAACCGGUGCUCGGGACAGUGUUGAUUAGUUAGUUGAAUCGGCGCUCCUUUUUCAUUUUGCCACAGCUUAAAACACUUGCCCAACAAACGAGGCUGAUUUUUAUCAACUCUCACUAAUGAAUGGGGGUACACCUUGUAUCGAGGGUUGGAGAAAUGGGAAGCUUCGCAAGUGACGCAAUUGCGACGAAUUGCUAAUUAACACGCACACGCUGCGCUGUUUUAAUAUGUCGCGCAGGUUUGCUUCAAACAGUGCUUUGUGCUGUUGUGUUUUCAUUUUUCCGCAUGUGUUGUCGGUGUGUUUUGUGGUCAAAAAAUGCGCUCCUAUAAAUAUGGUUCCGGUAGGUUUGCAAAAAAAAAGAAAAAGAAAACGCAAAGGAAAAAUGAUGUUUAUCGACUUCGUUUGUGUGCGUUUUUUUUUUGCAAAUCUAAUCUUUUUGAACGCAACGCCUCGGUGUCAGAGCAUUAAACAUCACAUCGGAAUCGCAAAAACAGAAAGAAAAACGUGCCUUAUUUUUAGCAUUGCCGUUGUAGUGCCCAUCAGGCAGCACAGUUCAGGCAUGCCUUACGGUGAAGCAAAGAAGCGAAAGAGUGGAAGAACAUACAAACAUUAAUAUCAUUUUCAUGCGCAACGUGUUGGACGUGGAGGCUUGGACGACGUGGUGAUUUUUGGGGUGGAAUACGUUAAUGUGGAGCAGCAUCCCCCAACCACUGCGCGAGAGAGAGAGGGUGUGAGGGUGUAGUUUGCAGUUUCCACACACACGCACGCACACACGCACACCACGUUCGAAAAAGAGGAGUUUUUUUUGCGUUAUUCGAUGUACAGAGAAAGUGGUUAAGAAAUGAGCCUCCCGUACGCGAAGAUGGUGGAGAAAUGAAGUAGCUGUGCCAUUUUUAUGUCGCUCCGGAUGCUGUUUGUGAAUCGUCAUUCAGGUCGUGCUGGUCUCCGUGGAAAGUGUGCAUGGUUGAACGUGCAUGGUUGGGGCUUGUGGCACCCUUUAGUUUAGUAUGCCUGCUGUCUCCCGCCCGAAACGUUCCGUGUGCUGAAGCGCUGAAAUGGUUUUAAUGAACUGAACUGAAUGCAACUAGAAAGGUGUUGUGUGGUAAAGUGUUGAAUGCGCGCGCGCGCACGUGUUUGUGUGUUUGGUUUAAGAAUCUGCGAACUGAAACAUCCCAAUGCCGGCCGCUGCGGCGAUGGUUUCGAUGUCGAGCGAACCGUCAUACUACGACGGACCGAAAAAAAGUUCCGGCAAAUUUCUGACCCACUUUGCGCGCCGAUUGCGCAUCGGCAAAGGUUCGAAAUCGAAACCGUCCGCCAGUGUGAACGGACUGAUAGAGAUGGACUCGGAGGAGGAUCGACACGGUGGCGAUACGGAAGAGAUUGUGAUACUGCGCCAUGCACCGGACGAGAUACUGACCGGUGGUAGUUCCGGUGCCGAAUCGUCCACGAUGGUGUUGGUGGUACCGGCUGCGGCCGUUGUGACAGCACCAUCCUUCAAGCGGGGCCACUCGUUCCGCCAGAGCCUGAGCUAUCUGCUCAAGCGCAACCGGCCAAAGCUGACGGAACGGUCCUGCACCAGUGAUAGCGACGUGGUACACGAACUGGACGAAGAUACGGCCAAUGUACGCACGUCCAAACGGCCCGUGCUGGAUGCCUUCCUGCCGGAGCAAAUACCCGCCAAACGACACAGCACCGGUGACAUCUUUAACGAGGAUCUGGACGCUAAUAUACGUGCCCAGGGGUUAGCUGCGACCGGUGGACGGCAUCGGCGCGUACAUUCGGAUACUACCAGUUACGGACAUACGGACAAGACGAGUUCCAAGGCUGGACAACACAAAUCCGCCAACAGCGUUGGACUGGGGACGCGUCCACUACCACUGUCCUCCACGAUAGAACCUCUCAGCAGUGUGGAAACCCCCGGUGGACAACCGGAGGGUGCGGCCCACCUGAAUGUACUCUCACGCAGCCCUAGUCAUUCGACAGCGAAGAGCGAUCCUAAAUCGCUCAAAUCGCUAUCACCGUCGGCACGGUCGUCCACGAUACGCAGCUCUAGUCCACAUCCACUGAAAUCGUUCAGCAGCACGCGGGACACCGUCGACAAGCCGGAAAAGCACCACAAGAAGAAGGAGGGUGGUAUAUCAUGGGAGCAGAAAAAGUUUGCCCAACAUUUCGCACAGGUGCCGGACGAUGAGGUCGUGCUGGAUUAUUUUUCCUGCGCUCUUGUUGGCGACAUCCUCCUGCAGGGUUAUCUUUACAUUACGCAGAACUAUUUCGCCUUCUACUCGAACGUGUUUGGCUAUGUAACGAAGCUACUCAUCCCGACCGUUUCCGUGCUGGACAUAUCGCGUGAGAAGACGGCCUACAUGUUCCCGAAUGCGGUCGGUGUGAAGACACGCGACGAUCGGCACGUGUUCGGAAGCUUUCUAAGCCGGGAAGCCGCCUACUAUCUGAUGUGCAGCGUGUGGGAAAGGGCAACAACGCCAAUGAGCGACUCGUUGGGCAGUAUCCAGCAUAGCCGGCUGGCACCGUUGCACGCGGAAGGUUCGGAAGGUUCGUUGGAUGAGGACAGCAGUUGCUACGAUGGUAACGAAAGUUCGUUCCACGGGAAGGACGAAAUGCCCGAUCUGCUCGACUCGGGAGACUCUCACGAGAAGCAGUUGAAUAUGACCGAAGGUGGCGGUACGAACCAUUCGUCCGAUGAUUCCACCGUGCUGCAAAAACAGAAGAAACUUAAAAAGGAACUGCUGCUCAAAUCGCCCGCAAUCGUGAAAAGUCCGGCCAUUCUCAAGGUGGCGGUUGCGGCCGGUGCACUGGAAGGGUUGAAGGGUGAUAAAACGAUACCGAUGCUGGCGGGUGGUUUGAUCGGUGAUGGGAUGGGCGGUGGUGGUACUGCCCGUGGUGUUUACGGUGACGGUGCCGGCCGUAGCAAACUGUCCCUUAUUAAGCAAAAGCUCCGGCACAUCCUUCCCUCCGAUUUUGGUAUUAUACACAUAGGAUUAAUAUUGGCUGUCCUGCUGGCUCUGUUUUCCUGCUUUCUGGCGUACAAGAUUCACGCUUUACAGGCCCGUCUAGCCGCGCCACCCAUUCGAUUGGGUGACGAUACUGACUUUUAUCUCGAUGUACUCCGGUGGCAGAAGCGAUUGCACAGCAAGAGCAAGGAGGAAGCUCAGAUCGUACUAAACUCGAACCUGGAGCAGAUCAUUAAGGUGCGCAAAAGUUUGGAAACGCUCUCACUGUUGAUCCAGGACUCGGCGACGGAAGGUAGCGGAGCGGACGAACAUGGGUUACUGGGCGCAAUGAUUGCGGACGGUGCCAGCAGCGUGCUCGAAGACAGUGGUAGUUUAAAUCAACAGUACUUCCACGAGGACGCUACAUAGCAAGCUUUAUGAGUAGGGUAGGCGGAUAACGUUCGGCAUGAAUGCUCCCGAUAGCAGACAGCACAUGGAACCUUACGUGUAAGAAACCCAUCAAUGAGAGAAUAGAGAGAGACAGAGACAGCAACAGACAAACGUGGAUCGGGGAGAUAAGUUGCCGGCAACGAGGAAGAAAAGACCACAAGUCUUUGGGAAAUGUUAGGUGUUUUGGUGGGAAGAUAUGAAAUGCGUCGCUGUGGGCGCAUGUGUGAUUUUGUACCUUUAGCAGAACGUGUUUCGUUGUUGAUCUUUAAUUUAUUAUUAACUUUUUUUUCGUGACGUUUAGUUUGAUAACUAAUUUAAUAGAAACAAAAUAGAUACAACCUAGUGAGAAGCGCACUAGCUGAGGUGAGAAAGUGUAGUGCGGGGCGGUAUAGUUCACUCAGAAGAUGCAUUUAACGCAGCAGGGUUUUGCUGAGAUGAUAAGCCACGGUAUCUACGAGUGAUUUGUAUUUGUUUUAAUAGUUAAAAAUCCGUAAAACUAGUUCGAUUAUGAUGAUGAUGAUGAUGAUGAUGAUGUGUGUAUGUCAUCGUUUGUUGGUCGUUGACCAUCAAAAGUAGUAGCUUUUUUAUAUACAGUACAUAUGCGGGUUGCGGGACAACACUCUACAGAACAGAAAUGCCAAAAAACCGCCACCGCCACGAUCAUGCUUUUCUUCCCCGUUUUUUCCACCCCCCGAAAGGACACCAACUGUGUGGGCCGCCGCUUGAAGUUAGUUCCUUCAAACAGGCAAACUAAUAGCAAUAUAAUAGAACGGUUAAAGCAAACAUUCACCGAACGAGGGCCGAUAUGAUGGAAGAUGUAAGGGAAACAUUGUCAAGUCAAGUAGUAUCCAUAUUAGCCUACAGGAAUAGAACUAAAAACAACAAUAACCUCCCAACCGCGACGAAAAGCGUGCGGAAAACAAAUUCUUGUUUCGUUUGCUUUUGCUACCCAUCUUAAAAAGGAAGAUAAACCCGCCCGCCGCCUAACGGAACCGUUUUUUUAGGGGCCCGCUAAUGUAUUUUUGUACGCGACUAAGCGCAAUCAGCGUGUGCACGGUUCCGCUUGCCUUUCGGUUCUUUCUUUUAGUUUUGUUUUUGAAACCAUUUAUCUCGAUAUAGCAGUUUGCUGACAAAAUAAAAAAGAAAACCGCGUCGAUUAGAUUUACAUACAAAAACGGUAGAACAAACGUAAAUGUAGAAAGUGUAGGCGAAAGUUUAACGAAACGUUUGCUCAACAAAUGAAGGGUAGCAACAGGAUGAAUAGCGGUUUUUUGGAGAGAGUUUACAACCAUUUUGCUUGCGAAUGUUUUGUGUUUCUCUCGUACCCUACUUACGCUUCAUUGUGUUGUAAAUAAUUCGGUUUUCUUUUUAUUGACUGUCUCCGAUCAUGUAAUUCGUCAUCUAUUGGUGCCAUAGCUUAUCGUUUGGUUUUCCUCAUUAGCUCAAUUGGAUGAACGAAAUGGAAGGAUGCGAGGAUGUGUAGCGCGUGUAGGGUUUUUAAAUUAAUAACACUAGACAAAACAAAAAAACUUUCAGUUUCGAGCGAUCUUUCGGGGUCCCUUCACUGUCUGCAAUAAAUUAGGUACAUUGUGGUGUGAUCUUACGUGCGGAAACGUCCUCGUACGUGUAUGAAUGUGCAAUCGAAUUGCAUUUCUGUGGACAUUACUAUCGCAAACAGGCAGGCAUAUGCAGCAGUAGAAGCAGAGCUUCAUAUCAAUUAUCGCAAAAUGGUCACGACACGGUGGGAACUCGUCAAAACACAAGCACAUGGCGCACAAUAAUAUUUCGAAUGGGAACAGGGUACUAGCUGCUCGGCUAGACGAGUCGUUGCGUUCUAUCAGUAAGACCAAAACGGGACAUGGGCUAAGCCCGCUAUAGCGAGAUAGGAGAGGUAAAGCAAGUGAAGAGACUUAAGGCCUGGGAAGUGAUCAAUUAAGCAAAACAAAAUGGAUUGGGAAGUUAAGAAAGAUGAACCGUACUAGAAAACAAAUGUCUGUGAUAUGUAUGCAAACGUACAUGAAGGAAUGGAAAAGGGGAAACCUGAACGGAACGGAAGAGAGGGGCCACUUCUAUUCUGCAAGGAAUUAACAACAAUGGCAGUGACAACAGUGAGGCGACUAGGAAAGAACAUAAGCAAUGUAGCAAAGGAAAUGGGCGCAAAUCACAGAACAAACGAACGACAGUGCAAAGGAACACCGCCAACAGUUUAUGUUUCAACUAAAUCGGGUUUUUUUCUGUUUUUGUAUUCCCUGCCCCCUCAUAUUGCUAUCCCCACGCUUAUUCCCUUGCUUUUGGAGACUUUGUUGGUUAGAGGUGUUAAGAGAGCAAGAAAACAUACAGGUGGUGUUAGAGAACACCAACGUUCGUUUUUGACUUAUUUCGAUUUUAUUUUUGUUGACGGUAUGUUACGAUGUAGAAAUUAAAGACAUACGAAAGCAAAUAAAACCGUAUCUUGAACUAUGAAAAGCACA